AUGGCUGCGCUAUCUGAAGAAUUCUCGGUGAGCGCGAAUGAAGCUGUUCGUAUCUCCAUCGUUCAGCCCGGCCCAAAUGACAAAGUCGUCACCCGGCACGAAUUUCAUCCCAAAUUCACCUACCCCAUCGUCGGAGAGGCAGAGCAAAUCUUCGGUUACAAAGGAUUAGAUGUCGAGAUCCAGUUUGCGGCCCACAGUUUGCAACCACGUAUCAAAAUCUCCUACCAAAAAAAGUUCAACACCGUCGGUACUACAAGCGCGCUCCAUCUCAACCAGACCUUCGGCAACUUUCUCCCCCCCUCAGCAUUUGAAGAAGGGUUCGAGAAGAAGUUGUUGAAAGAUACGAAAGCAGCGGAAUGGACACCCCCAGGUGUUCUUGUUAAGAAGUACACAAGAGGCGGAGAAGACUAUGAGGUGUGGGCUGGCUCGUUACUAGACUUGCCAAUGAGAACCCUGAUUGACAACAUUCAAAUAUUCAUCGUCUUCUUUAUCGAGGGCGGACAGUUCAUCAAUUUGGACGAUGUCGACUGGACAUUGGAUCGAUGGAGGGUCUAUCUCACCUACCACAAGGCGUCAGAGCCCCCGGUGCCCAACGCAUCUUCAUAUUCAUUUGUUGGCUAUGCAACGACCUACCGCUUCUACAAGUUUCAGAAACCUCCGAAGGACCACACCGUCUUCUCAUUUCCGCCGUCGGAAACUAUUACGCCCAACACGCUCCCCUCGCGACUACGAAUAUCGCAAUUCCUGAUCACCCCACCUUUUCAAAGCUCGGGCCAUGGCUCGGCUCUUUAUCAAGCCAUCUACAACGAGGUUAUGGCCGAUCCGACGAUUCUGGAACUAACAGUUGAGGAUCCGAGCGAGGAGUUUGACAAGUUGCGCGACAUGAAUGACUUUGACGUUCUGGAACCACAGUUCAAAGCUAUGAACCUCCAGAUAAAUACGUCGCCUUUUGCCAGUAUGGACCGAGGACGGUUGAAACGCAUGCCGACUGCCAAACUGCUCCCUUUGGAUGAGCUUCAAGCCAUUCGAUCCAAGAACAAAAUUGCGAGUCGCCAGUUCGCCAGGAUGGUCGAAAUGUAUCUUCUGGCCCAGAUCCCUUAUCCCCGUCGUGCAGCUGGUGGGGCGUCACUCACUAGCCUGCUGCUUAAGGGUGCCAGAGCACCCAAUCCAGACGACCGCACCUAUUAUUGGUGGCGACUGUUAUUGAAACAGCGCAUAAUCAAGAAGAACAAGGAUCUGCUCAGUCAGAUGCCACUCGAAGAGCGACUGCCUCAUAUUGAGGACAGUGCUCGUGGGCAGGAGGACGAAUAUGAAGGUCUCAUCCUUUCGUAUGCCCUUCGAAAAGAGAAAGAAGCAGAUUCGCAUGGAAAUGGAGAGCCAUCAGCCGUCGUGCGAAAGCGAAAGGUUGUUGAGGAUGACGAGGACGAGGACGAGGAGCCGCUGAAUGGCGAAGCCUCCCAAUCCAAGAGGCCCAAAGUCUAG